AUGGCUCCCCAUCUCGGCCUACGCGGCUCCUCUCUGAGUCGGGCCAUCAUCUGGCUUGUUGUUUGCCCGGCAUUCUUUUGCUACGGAUACAACCUGAGUGUUGCGGGCGGGUUGUUGACGCUCGACUCGUUUGUAAAGACGUUUCCCCAGCUGGACACCAUCAACACCGUGGGGGAUGAGCAGCAUGACAACGCCACCAUCCAGGGAACUGUCGUCGCCCUCUUCACCGUCGGUGGCGUGUUCGGGUCGCUGUCCUGCAUAUACCUCGGGGACAAGCUGGGCCGCCGACGCGUCAUAUUCCUGGCCUCCGGCAUCACCGUGGCCGGCGCCGCACUCAUGGCCUCGUCGUUCAGCCUGGCCCAGCUGGUCGUCGCAAGAGUGGUUCUGGGCGUCGGCACCGGCGGAUAUCUGGCCACGGUGCCGGUGUGGCAGUCGGAAAUGUCCAAGCCGGCCAGGCGCGGCGCCCACGUCGUCACGGACGGCAUCUUCCUCGGCGCCGGCGCCUCGGCGGCCCUGUGGAUCGACCUUGGCUUCUACUUUGUCAAGACGAGCUCCAUCUCCUGGCGCUUCCCCCUCGGCGUCCAGGCGGCCCUUUUGCUGGCAAUGAUGGUCUUUGUCUGCGUCCUCCCAGAGUCGCCCCGGUGGCUGGUCAAGCAGGGCCGGCAGGGCGAGGCAAGGCAGGUCCUCGCGGCGCUCAACGACACGGCCCCGGACGACGACCGCAUCACCCAGGAUAUUCGCGACAUUGAGCUCUCCCUGUCCGUCUGCGGCACGCUGUCCUGGAAGGCGAUGCUCAGCAACGGGCCCCAGCGCAUGUUGCACCGGACCGUGCUGGCGGCCGCGGGACAAAUGUUUCAGCAAAUGUGCGGCAUCAACCUCAUCUCCAUGUACGCCACCACCAUCUUUGAGCAGUAUCUCGGGCUGAGCCCGGUCAAGUCGCGCAUUCUCGCCGCCGCCAUGUGCCUGACGCAGCCCUUUGGCGGCUCCCUCGCCUUCUUCACCAUUGACCGGCUGGGACGGCGCGUCCUCAUGCUGUCGAGCGCGGCGGGCAUGGCCGUGUGCAUGGCCGUUUUGUCGGGAACCAUGUCGGCAGGGGGAAGCACGGGGGCCCUGGUCGUGGCCGUCGUCUGCCUCUUCGUCUUCCAGUUCAUCUUCACCGUUGGAUACGCGGGCCUGACCUUUCUCUACGCCACCGAAGUCGCCCCGUUGCAGCUCCGGGCGGCCAUCAGCGCCGUGUCGACGGCCGCCGUCUGGAUCUUCAACUUUUUGCUGGCCGAGGUGACGCCCAUCGGGUUCAACACCAUCGGCUACCGGUACUACAUUGUGUUUGCCGUCCUCAACGCGGCCAUUGUGCCGAGUGUGUACUUUUUCUUCCCCGAAACCAGCGGCCGGUCCUUGGAGGAGAUUGACGAAAUCUUCUUCAGGUCCAAGAGCAUUUGGGAUCCGCCCAGAGUCGCACAGUCACUGCCUCGCACGCACGCCGGCGGUGAAGAAUCAGAAGAGUCGGCAUCAUCAUCAUCCGAUGUCAAGGCAAGGGCGGAGCAUACAUGA